GGAGCCGGAGCGGGAGCCGGAGGCGGAGGCGGAGGCGGAGGCGGAGGCGGAGGCGGAGGCGGAGCAGAAGCAGUAACAGAGUGUCCCGGGACGAAGUCAAGCUGCGGUCCAGUCGAUCCCCGGAGCUCCGCUACCCCGCCGGAGCGGAGCGGAGCCGAGGAGGCAGGCGGGCGAAGGGCAUGGAGAAGGGAGGCGGUAAAGGCCGGACCCCGUCGGAACACCUCGUGGUGGUGGUCGGCGGCGGCAUCGCGGGGCUCGGGGCGGCUCAGCGGCUCUGCCGGCAUCCGGGCUUCCGGAACCUGCGGCUCCUGGAGGCUACUGAUCGCUGCGGGGGCCGCAUCCGCUCGCAGUCUGCCUUCGGUGGUGUGAUUGAGAUCGGGGCACACUGGAUUCACGGGCCCUCCAAGAACAACGCUGUCUUCCAGUUGGCUUUAGAGUAUGGCCUAUUGGGUGAGAAAGAGAUGUCGGAGGAAAAUCAGCUUAUUGAAGUUGGUGGCCACCCGGGUCUGCCCUCUCUGUCCCUCUCCAGCUCGGGCAAAAAUGUGGAUCUCAAGUUGGUAGAAGAUGUGGCUAAUCUGUUCUAUACUCUGUUAGACCAAACACGAGAAUUCCUCCAUGUGGCAGAGACCCCUGUCCCCAGUGUGGGGGAAUACCUGAAGAAGGAGAUUGCUCGGCACAUGGUUGAGUGGACAGAAGAUGAAGCAACCAAGAACCUUAAACUGUCCAUCCUGAACACCUUCUUCAACCUGGAGUGCUGUGUGAGUGGGAGCCAUAGUAUGGAUUUGGUUGCCCUUGGAUCGUUUGGGGAAUACGCCAUGUUGCCAGGGCUAGAUUGUACCUUUUCUGAGGGGUAUGAAGGUCUCACGAACUGCAUGAUGACUUCUUUGCCGAAAAACGUCGUACUCUUUAACAAACCAGUAAAGACCAUUCACUGGAAUGGUUCCUACAGACAUGAAAAUUUUCCAGGAGGGAAAUUUCCAGUACUAGUGGAAUGUGAAGGAGGAGAGAAGUUUGCAGCACAUCACGUUAUAGUCACUAUACCCUUAGGUGUUCUCAAAGAGCAAAUGACUACCUUAUUCGACCCUCCACUGCCCCAGAGGAAAGCACAAGUCAUCAUGAGAAUGGGCUUCGGAACCAACAAUAAAAUAUUCCUGGAGUUUGAAGAACCUUUUUGGGAAUUAGACUGUCAGCAAAUCCAGGUGGUGUGGGAGGACACGUCGCCCUUUUUGGAUGUCAAGGCUGAGCUACAGGACAUGUGGUUUAAAAAGCUCAUUGGCUUUUUAGUCUUGCCUCCCUUGGAGUCGUCAUACGUUCUCUGUGCAUUCAUCGCUGGACAUGAAUCAGAAUUUAUGGAAACCCUUUCUGAUGAAGAAGUGCUUUCAUCUCUAACCCAAGUCUUGAGGAGGAUAACAGGAAAUCCACAGCUCUCCGGGCCUAGGAGUAUACUCAGGUCCAGGUGGCACAGUGCCCCCUACACCAGAGGCUCUUACAGCUACGUGGCAGUUGGCAGCUCUGGAGAAGACAUUGAUAUACUUGCCCAACCCAUUCCUUCGACCUCCUUAGACUCCCAGUUACAGAUCCUUUUCGCUGGGGAAGCCACCCAUCGCACUUAUUACUCCACCACCCAUGGUGCUCUGCUGUCUGGGUGGAGGGAAGCAGAUCGUCUCAUCAGCCUGUGUGACUCAGGGGCCCAACAGCUUCACCCCAAGCCCUGAGUCUGUCCUUGCUUUAUCUUUGCUCUAAAUGUUAUUUCUCUCUGAUGGCUUAAUGAUUGUUUAGUUAGCCACUGUUUCCUCCAACAAAUAAUUUUCAGUCCAGCUCAGGUUUUCUUUGAGAAUGUCAAGAGUCAUUCUCCAAUUUUAAAAAAAUUCUUAGUUGGUCACUUUUAUUUCCUGAAGCUAUUGCUAUGUUCAGAUUCCUCCCACCUACCCAAAAUAAUCAUCAGUGCCCUCUCUGAGAAGCAAGAGCUAAGUGUUCCUGGUGAUUCUGAAUACAGUGUACGAUGAACAGUAUUGCACUAAAAUAAAGUAUUUAAAAAACACA